CACACUCACACACAGCCUUUUGUGACUUUGACUCUUUGCGGUACCUAAAGGUCAAAAUUAAAUACAAGUUUGCCUCAUAUUGUAGACGAAGACUAGGGUGCGAAGGUGAAACUCCUUUCGCACUCAAAGUAAGUUUUUAAAAAAUGUUAUAAUCAACUGCGUCCAUCCGAUUUAAAAAUAAAAAAAUGAAACGGUUUGGAUUUUUUCAGGGCAAUCGAUUGUAACAGGAGAUUUCGGUCCUCUCUUAUUUCUAGAUGCAGCGGCGACUUCUUGUUCCAUUUUUGUACAUCGGCGUGACUAACGGCGACAUAUGUUGCAAUGAAGCCCAGAAAGCCCGACUUGGAGGAGCUCCCGGGGCAAAUCCGCAACUAACGUUAACCCUUUCCUCCUACCACGUGAAUAACCUCGAGAAGGACUUGGUUCGCGACGCAAAUGGCAAGCGGCUCAGGGUUAAGGCACCUGUGAGGAUUUAUCUAAUCUGCAAUCCUUCUAGACGUUUGGUGACUCAUGUAAUCUACACAUCACUACCAAGAAGUCCCUUUGUGGUGAAGUUUUGAACAUGCAUGCCCUUUGUAUAAGGAGUAGUUUUGCAAUAUAUCUCUUACUUUGCAAGUUCUGGAUUGUGGUAAAUGGGAGAUUUGGAUGAAGACUUUUGAAGGAAAAAGGAAGAUUAAGUUAGUUAUAUCAUGUUUAUAAAUAUCAAUAUGGGAUGAUCGGGAGGUUUCAUUGGUAAACUAUUUCUUUGGAGGCUCGACACUCUAAGUGUGUGUCCGUUGAAGAGUUAAAGAAUAAGAUUGCAACUUAUAGGUAGUGGGUUCGUUAAGGAAAACCACAGGAGCCGUAGUGCAAGCGAGUCUUCACAGGGCAAUCGUGUAUGGACCCGAACCUGGGUGAUCUAUCAUUCUAAAAAAAGUUCGAAUUGUGAGAUAAAAAGGUGUUUUUGUUUCAAGUUUCAUUCUUUUAGUAGCAAUGCGGGGAAAAUCAUUUGAGUUUUAUGUAUAAUUUUCUUAAUUAAUGUUUAUUGAAUGAUAUUUGGUACUUAAGUCUGAAUGUUCUUAAACAAAUUGUGAUGUAAAUAAGUGUCCCAUG